CUUUUUUUCUUCUUGCUUUUCCUUUUUCUAAUAUUCUGGGAAAUAUUGUUGAGCAGAGAGCAAUCAUCGCACACAACCGCACGACACCCGCACUCUCUUCCCUUUCUCUCUCUCUCUCUUGUCUUUUUCUAACCCCACUUUUGUCUUUUGCUGUGUUGUGUGUGAGUGAGUGUGUGUGUGUGUGCAAUAUCAAAUAGCGCCUGUAGUGUUCGUUGGUGUGUUCUGACAUAGCAACGGACUCUCUCUUUCUCUCACUCUUUCUUUUCUUUCCCUCCCUCUCCUUCUUUCUUUCUUUCUUUCUUUCUGCUCCUUCCCCACACACAAAGGCUGCCAACAACAACAACACCAACAGCACCCUGCGGCUCGACUCUCACUCAAAACAAUAAUGUCAACAGUCGCCAUGGCAAGGAUGCCAUCGGAUGCUGACCGUGUCCCAGAUGAUUCCACCACCACGACAUCCUCUAAUGCUGGGCAAAAACAGCAAACCACGACCUCCCAAAAUACAGAAAUAGAAAACAACAACAAGAACGCUGGAACCAGAAAGUCGGACUCGGGUGUCUACUUUGCAAUGAUGCUCUCGGAUUACUUGGAGAAAAAUGCCAACGAACUGCCAAGCGAUCACCUGGCAGCUUUUUCGGAAUCGCCCAAACGUAGUAAUAUGAGUGCUGCUUUCGACACUGUCGUUCAAGAGCAACAAAAUAGCAACACAGCCUCCUCUUUUUCUUCAGCAACAGUAGCCGAGACACCACAGCAGCCACGAGUAUUAGCGUCCUCGACGACCCACUCAGGAACAACAACAACAACAACAACAACAUCGGUCACUUUAAAACAAGACAGCGAUCAUCCACCCGAAGAAGCAGCGACAGCAGCAGCAAACGAAGCCAUGGCCAAUCUGUCGAACUUGAUAUGGGUGCCUGCGCAUAAGCACCCGCAAAUUGCACCUAGUGAAUUUGUUCAUUGGAUACAGGUGCACGGAGCGGCUCCAACUCGGAAAGGGUCCAAAGUGAAACGUCAAAAAUCCCAGCUGUCCAGGUCAAUGUCCUACAACGACGCCCUCGAGGACUUUGACAAGGACACCAGCACGGACAGCACAAGUGAGAGCGACUCGCCCGUCAGUCCCAAGGACACAGACGCUCGCUUGCUACCGGGAAUAGCCGAACAUGCACAUGGGAAAGAUGGCCAUGUAUUUGAUCGUCACUCUACUGUGGUAGACGACUCUCGCAUAUUGGCACCACCUACACAGAACCGCUCAUUGUUACGUCGCUCGGCCUUUUCAGCCCGACGUGCACCAAGCGAAGGAGGACCCCGCGGAGGUAUUGGAGAUCGACGACGCAGCAGACGACCCGCGCCUGCACCACGUCACUCCACCGACACAAGCGAACGCAUGGGACACGUGCCUUCCGCCGAGCCUAUCAGUCUGCAUGACCAUCCUGUCAGCCUGAGCGAAUGGAUCGACCUUGGCAGCGCCAGCCUCGAACCAGAUGACUCACAGCAUGGCAUUCUUUCUCGCGUUCAUGACGCGGAAUCACAACUCUUUUCAAAAAUCAUGGACGAAGAUCGUCAUCAUCACCCCACCAUGAAAGAUGAAAAGAACCAAGACAAGGCAACACCCCCAUCGGAAGAAAUGGCGGCGAUCCCAGAAGUUGACACGUCAGAAGAAAGGGCGCAAGUGCAGGAAAGCGACACGACACUUUCAACAACCACUGCAGCCACUACUACUGCUACUACUAUUAAUACGAAUGAUGAUUCAGAUACUGGUGUAUCUGCCGAAUCCAAUCCUGCUGCUAUCACAACAUUAACGGAUGAACGGAGGGUAACAUUACGACGUUCAGCCUCUGACCUUGUCAUGAACGAAAGAGUAGAGAGAAAGCCAUCAUGGAUAAGCAAUCUAUUGAACGGCGAUAAAAAGAAAAAGAAGAGUCGACGAGGAUCCUUACGACGCGUAGACGACGCACGCCACAUUAGCGAAAAGGAACGGGAUACAUUGCAACUGACCCGAGUCACUUCAAUGAACGAUGACCCCGAUAACAAGAAGCGCGGGUUUGCAGCAUUCAUCUCACGUUCACUCUCACUGAAAUCGAUCACACGCAAAGAACCCAAAUUCAACCCAAUGCGUGCAAAGGCAUUGGUGGCAGGUUCAGGACCCAAGGCUCCACAAAACGGAGUAAACGGACAACAGCAGCAACAACCUCUUGUUACCAAGCAGUACAUCAACAGCUAUCGGUUACCGAUUCACGUUGAGCGUGCAGUGUAUCGAUUGUCGCACAUGAAAUUGACCAACCCAAGAAGACCCUUGCAUCAACAAGUCUUGAUAUCCGAGUUUAUGUUUUGGUAUCUUUCCAUCAUUAACCCUCAGCCUCCACAACAACAACAACAACAGCAACAAGGUGAAGGAAACCAGAAUACUACUAGUAGCGGUAGUGAUACUAGCAAUACCCAAUGGUCUUCCCAGCAACAUCAUCAGCAGCAGCAGCAGCAGCAGCAGCAAUAUUACCAGCAAGGCGAAGCUAAUGAAGCAGCAGCAUUAAUGAACAACAGAGCAGCAACAGCAACAGCUCGGCCGCCAAAAUUUAGUGCAGAACGCCGUUUCUCCGACGACAGUGUUGCUGCUGCUGUACCAAGACGGACUAGCCAAAGCUCGUCUGAUGAAGAAGACAACGUGCCACUAAGCCAUUACCGGAAAUGAACAGAAUUUUAGAUCCGUUCUCUCUUUGUGUCUCCCCGUAUAACCCAACUUUUGCACACUUUAACCGACUCAUAUAAUAUUACGUUCCCUUCAUCAUCUUUCUCUACUAGUCAUCAUCUAUCACUAUAACACAUACACACACAACACACAACACUCUACUACUAUAGUUCGAAUAUCCCUCUUUUUUUUUUUUUUUUUCUUUUCUCCUUCUUUCCUAAUCUUCUAUCUAUUCUGUAAAAUACCUGUUUGUCUCUCUUGAAACCCUUACCCCUCCGCAAACCACACGUUUUUUUUAAUAACAUUCUCUGUUUAUUUUCCUCUAAUAAAACAUUUGAAAAGGACA